CUACCCUCCGCUCCUGUCUGCCUUUGGGAGGCCCGAGCUGACGCUACCCCUUGGGUGUGGAGGUUAUGGCACAUGUACCUUUAUGACCGUGAGCGGCGCGUCCCAAGAAGAGAACGACCCUAUUUCUGUGACGAUGCCCUCGUCUUGGGCUCCUGCACCAUGCAUCGCGCUCGUCCUCUUUCUCUUUCUUGUCCUCCGUCCAUCAGAUGCCCAGAACGGCUCCGCUGCCAAACGCAAUCUGACUCUGGCUGUGGUCCUUCCAGAGACCAACCUGCGCUACGCGUGGUCGUGGCCGCGCAUUUCUCCAGCUCUGCAUAUGGCGAUGGAGCGGGCGCAGAACGAGCUUCAGCUUCUCCCUGGGUACCAGGUGGAAUGGGCCUUUCUGACCUCGGAGCUGGACGGGGCCUGCUCGGAAUAUGUGGCACCCCUCAACGCCGUGGACCUCAAGCUCUACCGCCAUCCGGUUGUGCUCUUUGGUCCGGGCUGCGUCUACCCGGCUGCCUCCGUUGCCCGUUUUGCCACCCAUUGGCGGCUCCCCCUGUUUACGGCCGGGGCUUUGGCUUUCGGAUUCAAGCAGGACGACGAUCACUACAACACAACCGUGAGAACGGGUCCUACAGCCAUCAAGCUUGGAGAAUUCGUGUCGCAUCUUCACGAGCAUUUCAACUGGAGCUCACGCGCCGCGCUCGUUUACCACGACGUGAAAAAGGACGACCGGCCGCAUUACUUCAUUAUAGAGGGCGUCUUCCUGGCCCUGGACAAAGAAUUCAACAAUCUAACUGUGCGUUACCAAAUGUACCCGGAGGACGAGGACGUGGGCAGCGUAAUUCAGUUCAUACAGAACAACGGUCGAGUGAUAUAUAUCUGUGGACCGUUGGAAAUGCUUCACCGGAUUAUGCUGCUCGCUCACAGGGAGAAGUUAACCAAUGGUGAUUAUGUGUUUUUCUACGUGGAUGUUUUUGGGGAGAGUUUACGAGCCGAUAUAAACCGAGAAGCAAAAAAACCGUGGCAGUGCAACGACAGCCAGGAGCAGGACCUCAAGGAGGCCUUCAAGACAGUUCUCGUAAUCUCAUACCAUGAACCUGAGAAUCCGGAAUACUUUGAAUUCCAGAGGAAUCUGAUCCAGAGAUCCAAGCAGGAAUUUGGAGUGGAUCUCAAUUAUUCUCUGAUGAAUUUCAUCGCGGGCUGUUUCUAUGACGGCGCCCUGCUGUACGCGCACGCGCUCAACGAAACCCUGGCCGAGGGCGGAUCGGAGAAGGACGGACUUCGCAUUGUACAGAAGAUCCAGGGUCGCAAAAUGCAAGGCAUCACCGGCAUGGUCAGCAUGGACAACGGCAACGACCGGAACACAGACUUCGACUUGUGGGCCAUGAGCGACCACCAGGCUGGAGACUUCACGGUUGUCGGCCAUUACAACGGGAUCACUAAACAGAUUAACUGGACUGGAAACCCCAUCAUUUGGCUGAAGGGAUCCCCCCCGUCCGACAGCCCCCCCUGUGUGUUUAACGCUGAUGACCCCUCGUGUGUGAAGACCCCCCUGUCCACAUUGGCCAUCGUAGCCCUUGGUGCCGGUCUCACCCUGCUAAUUUUUGGGAUGUCUAGUUUCCUCAUACUGCGGAAGCUGAUGCUGGAGAAGGAGCUCGCCAGCAUGCUGUGGAGGAUCAGGUGGGAAGAGCUGCAGUGCGGGAAUUCGGAGAGAUAUCACAAAUACGCGGGGAGCCGGCUCACCCUUUCACUAAGAGGCUCCAGUUAUGGUUCUUUGAUGACCGCUCAUGGAAAAUAUCAAAUCUUCGCCAACACAGGGCAUUUUAAGGGGAAUGUUGUGGCCAUAAAACACGUCAAUAAGAAGCGUAUUGAGCUGACACGGCAGGUCCUCUUCGAGCUGAAACACAUGCGGGACGUGCAGUUCAAUCAUCUGACCCGUUUCGUGGGCGCCUGUAUUGACCCUCCUAACAUCUGCAUUGUGACAGAGUACUGCCCCCGGGGCAGCUUACAGGAUAUCCUGGAGAACGAGAGCAUUAACCUGGACUGGAUGUUCCGACACUCGCUCAUCAACGACAUUGUGAAGGGAAUGUGCUUCCUGCACCGCAGCAUCAUUGGCUCUCAUGGGAACCUCAAGUCCUCUAACUGUGUGGUGGACAGCAGAUUCGUCCUCAAGAUCACCGACUACGGCCUUGGCAGCUUCCGCUCCUCCUGCGAUGCCGAUGAUGUCCAUGCGCUGUAUGCCAAAAAGUUGUGGACGGCCCCGGAGCUCCUGCGCAUGGCGAGACCCCCACCUCAGGGAACGCAGAAGGGGGAUGUGUAUAGCUUUGGGAUUAUUUUGCAGGAAAUCGCACUCCGCAACGGAUGUUUCUAUAUCCAGGGAAUGGACCUGAGUCCAAAAGAGGUUGUGCAGAAGGUGCGGAAUGGUCAGCGGCCAUACUUUCGGCCCUCGGUGGACACGAGCUGUCACAGCGAGGAGCUGGCGAUUCUGAUGGAGCGCUGCUGGGCCGAGGAGCCGAUGGAGCGGCCGGACUUUAACCAGAUCAAGGCCUUCAUCUGCAAGUUCAACAAAGAGGGCAGCACCAGCAUCCUGGAUAACCUGCUCUCCCGGAUGGAGCAAUACGCCAAUAACCUGGAGAAGCUGGUGGAGGAGCGGACGCAGGCGUACCUGGAGGAGAAGCGCAAAGCCGAGAACCUGCUCUACCAGAUCCUGCCCCAUUCUGUCGCUGAUCAGUUGAAGCGGGGAGAGACCGUCCAGGCAGAGGCGUUUGACAGCGUCACUAUUUACUUCAGUGACAUCGUGGGUUUCACCUCAAUGUCUGCAGAGAGCACCCCAAUGCAGGUGGUGACGCUGCUCAACGACCUGUAUACCUGCUUCGACGCCAUCAUAGAUAACUUCGAUGUCUACAAGGUGGAAACCAUCGGAGACGCCUACAUGGUGGUGUCCGGGCUGCCGGUGCGGAACGGGAAGCUUCAUGCGCGGGAGGUCGGCAGGAUGGCGCUGGCGCUGCUGGAAGCCGUGAAAACCUUCAAAAUCCGACAUCGACCCAACACUCAGCUGAGGCUGCGCAUCGGCAUUCAUACAGGGCCGGUGUGCGCGGGGGUCGUGGGACUGAAGAUGCCGCGUUACUGUCUGUUCGGGGACACGGUGAACACAGCCUCGCGAAUGGAGUCCAACGGAGAAGCCCUCAGGAUCCACAUUUCGUCGGCCACUAAAGAGGUUCUGGACGAGUUUGGCUGCUUCCAGCUGGAGCUUCGCGGAGACAUCGAGAUGAAGGGGAAAGGGAAGGUGAGGACCUUCUGGCUGCUUGGGGAACGUUCAGAGGAUGACGUUAUCUGAAGCACCUUCUCCCCGUCCUGCUCCAAAUCACACCAGCCAUAGCUGCUCAAUAGACUGGCCUUGGUGGUGGGAUCCAGACUCUUUAACAGCUGGUGGGAUCCAGACCCCCCCUCCACAGCCAGCGGGAUCCAGAACCCCCCACAGCCAGCAGGAUCCAGACCCUUUAACAGCCGG